UGAGGAGGAUCAGGCUAUUUCAAGAUGCAUGGACUGUGAUCAUUUCCUCUGUCAAGAAUGUCAAAAAGCUCAUAAACGUAUGACUGUCAUGAAAUCUCAUAAAAUUUACACACUGGCUCAACUUCGAUCAGGAGAGAUUGUCUACAAGAGUAAACUAAGGGAAGAAGUUCCCAAAUGUGGCAAGCAUCCAGAUCAGAAUCUCAAUGUCUACUGCAACUCAUGUGAGCAAGUCAUAUGUACAACAUGCUCUUUACUUAAUCAUGCAAAACACUCACUCACUGGAUUACCUGAGGCAGUAGAGAAAUGUAAGAAGAAGGUCACAGAAAUGGUCCAAAAAAGUGAGAGCAGAAAAACAGAAAUGAGCACCACCAUAGAAGAGACGUGCAAAUCUCGAAAAGAGCUGGACAUCAUGUUUGCCAACACUCAAAAGAAAAUCUCAAAAAAGGCUCAACAGGAGCUAACAAAGCUCCAAAAGGAAGUUGCAAAGAUACAAAAGGAGAUUGUAAAGAUCCAAAAUGAAGAACAGAAGUUGAUGAACGAGAUGGACAGGAUUUAUCAAGACAGAGUCAGAACAUUUGAAGUUGCUCAAGCUAACAGCAGGAAAGAGGUGACACAGACAGAGCACAAGCUGGAGGACGUCAAACAACUCAUGAAUCAAGCAAGUUGCUAUGAGAUUCUCAAACUUCAGCAGAAGCUCUUGCAUAACCUCAGUGAACUGACUGGGAAACAGCGACAGCAAGUUCCUGACAAGUUGACCUUCAUGGACUUUGAAGAAGGUGAGAGGUCGCUUGGGAGACUCAUUCUGAAAGAAGAGCCAAAGGCUGCAGCAAAGCAAUCACCAAGACCUAGAAGAUCAUGCAUGAAAUAUAAACGGGAAUUGAAGACUGAAGAACAGUCAAGGGGUGCUGCAAAGCAAUCACCAAGACCUGGAAAAUCAUAUGUGAUCGAGAAAUGGGAACUAAAGACUGAAGUCAAGAACUUUGGAUUAAAACUUACAUUUAUAUCACUUGUUGCAGCACUCUCUCACAAUCAAAUACUUGUAUUAGACAAUUUGGUGAAUGCAUUACUCACACUUUCACUGACCAAUAGUCAAUGUGCAACAUCUCCUAUCCCACAAAGGCUACAAAUCAAUGGCCUCACUAAUGUUAGGUGUAUUGCAGUGAGCAAGGAUAAGCUCCUUGUCGUAGAUGGUCCAAAAGUCAAGGUCUUCAACAAGCAACAUCAGCUCCUCAACCAGUUCACACCAAGCAGAUGGUCAAAAAGCCAACAAACAUGCCUUGCAGUGGACGAGAACAAUCUGAUAGCAAUGGGUUAUGAUGGCAAGAAUGAGAUAUCUCUACACAACCCAGAUGGAUCCCUCACCAGGAGACUGCCAGCUCCAUUCAUUGGAUGUUAUCUGACAAUGUACAAUCACCGCAUAAUCUACACAUCAGACGUGACCAAAAGGUUGGUAUGUGUAGACUACUAUGGUGCCAGUGUAUUCUCAGUAGACAUGACCAGCAACAUGCAGAGGGAUGGGUUGCCCUCUGGUGUGUGCUGUGACAGUAAUGGCAGCAUCUAUGUUGCUGUGUAUGGACAUCCAACAGGUGAUAUUCUGCAUUACAGUCCUGAUGGCAAGUACAUUGGAUGUGUGAUCAAGAGAUGUGAUUCUCCACGGGGCAUCACAUUCACAUCGGAUGGUGAUCUGGUUGUGGCUGCCGAAAAGUCUGUAAAAUUCUAUCACCGAGUGUGA